UCAUCGUACCUGAUCAAACCCGUUCAGAGAAUCACCAAAUACCAGCUUUUGCUGAAGGAGUUGCUGACAUGCUGUGAGGAAGGGAAAGGAGAAAUAAAGGAGGGUUUGGAGGUGAUGCUCAGUGUGCCUAAACGUGCUAAUGACGCCAUGCACGUCAGCAUGCUGGAGGGUUUUGAUGAGAACCUGGCUGUACAGGGGGAGUUGAUCCUACAGGACACCUUCCAGGUGUGGGACCCCAAAUCUCUGAUCCGCAAGGGCCGGGACCGACAUCUCUUCCUUUUUGAGAUCUCCCUCGUUUUCAGUAAAGAGAUGAAAGACUCGUCAGGACGCACCAAAUAUGUUUACAAGAACAAGCUUCUGCUGGAUUUGAGACUUUAG